AUGGAACUUCUCUCCUCAAAGGGCAAGUUUUUUCCUAACUACAAGUGUGAUACCCGGGAAAAUCUGGUAGCGGUCAUUGGGGGACCUAAUUCUGAUGUUGAUCUCAACAUGGCAGACAUGCUGUAUAACUACAAGAUCCCACAGCUCUCAUAUGGCUCUGCCCUAAUAACGGAUAACAAAAUGCAAGGAGUUUUCUUCCACCAGAUGUUCCCGAAUGUGGACCAUCAGUAUAAGGGCAUGCUCCAGUUACUCCUUCAUUUCAGGUGGACCUGGAUUGGCAUUCUUUAUUUGGAUGACAGCAAUGGUAAGAGAUUUGUACAGAAUGUACUUCCCAAGUUCUCUCAGAGUGGCAUCUGCUUUGAUUUCAUAGACAAAAUCCCAGAACCAACAUUUGCCAGCAAUGCCGAUGUAAUGGUGGACUAUGGGAUUCAAAUUGUCAAGGUUAUCAUGGGUAGCACUGCCAGUGCUUUGGUUGUACAUGGGGAAAUUCAGACCAUGGCUUAUGUGAGAACAACAGUCUGCUCCUCAGCAUUUUUUGAUAUACCAGUGAAAACAAAGGUCUGGAUUAUGACAGCCCAGAUGGAUUUCACAUCACCUUCCUUUCCAAUAAGUUGUGGCAUAGAGUUAAUCCAUGGAGCCAUAUCCUUUGCAAUACAUUCCAGUGAGUUGCUAGGAUUCCAGAAACUCCUUCAACUCCACCACUACCUGAGAUAUGUUUCGUUUAACAACAGUUCUGGGGAAAAGGUAUCCUUUGAUGAGAAUGGGUCAUUAGUUGCUGGAUUUGAUAUUAUAAAUUGGAUCACAUUCCCAAACCAAUCUUUUCUUAGAGUGAGAGUUGGAAAAAUAGACCCACAAGCUCAUACUGGCAAAGUGCUCACCAUUUCUGCAGAUGACAUUAUAUGGCCCAGCAAAUUCAACCAGACACCGCCCCGUUCAUUGUGUAAUGACAACUGUCAUCUGGGUUAUAGGAGGGCUAAGAAGGAAGGGAGACCAUUUUGUUGCUAUGAUUGUUUGCCUUGUCCAGAAGGGAAGAUCUCAAAUAAGACAGAUAUGGAUGACUGCAUUCAAUGUCAAGAAGAUCAAUAUCCAAACCGUGGCCAGGAUUUAUGCGUUCCAAAAAAGAUAAGCUUCUUGUCUUAUGAUGAACCUUUGGGGACCAGUCUGGCCAUUUUUGCUCUUUCCUUCUCUUUCCUCACAGCUCUGGUACUUGGAGUCUUCAUUAAGCACAAAGACACUCCCAUAGUCAAAGCCAACAACCGGAGCCUCACCUACGGUCUCCUCAUCUCCCUACUGCUCUCCUUCCUUUGCGUAUUCCUAUUCAUUGGUCAGCCUGAGAAGAUACCAUGCCUCUUUCGACAACCUGCGUUUGGCAUUAUCUUCUCAAUGGCAGUUUCUUGUGUCUUGGCCAAAACCAUCACUGUCAUCAUGGCUUUCAUGGCGACCAAGCCUGGGUCCAGGAUGAGGAAAUGGAUCGGGAAAAGACUGGCCUUUUCCAUUGUUCUGUCGUGCUCCCUUAUUCAAACCACUAUUUGUGCUGUGUGGCGGGCAACCUCUCCCCCAUUCUUGCAUUUUGACAUGCACUCAAUGACCGAAGAAAUUGUUCUGGAAUGUAAUGAAGGUUCAGUUAUUAUGUUCUACUGUGUCUUGGGCUUUAUGGGCUUCCUAGCCAUUGUCAGCUUCACUGUGGCUUUCCUAGCCAGGAAAUUACCCAACAGUUUUAAUGAAGCCAAGUUUAUCACCUUCAGUAUGCUUCUGUUUUGCAGUGUUUGGUUGUCCUUUGUUCCCACCUACCAGAGCACCAAGGGAAAAUACACGGUGGCUGUGGAGAUCUUCUCCAUCUUAGCUUCCAGUGCGGGGUUACUGAUUUGUAUAUUUAUACCAAAAUGCUAUAUAAUUGUGGUUAGGCCUGAGUUGAACACUAGGGGGCAACUAAUAAGGAUAAAUGAUUAA